CACUCAAAGUCCGCGUGGGAAGUGGCAGCAGCUAUUAGGAGGUGUGGACUGUCAGUCAAACCGACCCGCCCCGCGCGCCUCGCAGACUGGACGCACGACGACUUCUCUAGCAGCUGUGGAGUUGGAUCUCUGUGGCAUCGCGCAGCAACUACGAGGGAGAAACGGCCAAAAUGUAAAGGACAAGCAGCCGUCCACCACUUUCUGGAAGUAGGUGUGCAGCUGACAGGGGGGGGGGUCAGCCAGUCGCCGAUGCGUAAAAGUUCCUGUUGGCUGUGUGGUACGUGCGUAAAAGUGAGCCAAAGAGGACAGAAGUAAAUAUUAGAAAUGUUUCCUUUUAAUGUGAUGGAUGGGUCAGUGAGGCGUGUUGUGAAAAGCUGAUGCUGUGGGGAACAAUCGCUUGAGUGUGGCGACAGACCGGAGCGCAGCGCGCAGCGGGGCAACAGAUGCUGGACUAAGCUCGCGAAUUGACUUUGUUUGGUGCGCAGGAGAAGUAGGACAAGCAUAACGCCGCCCAGAUACUUCUCCUUCGUCAUGCGUAAAGAGACACUCUCCUCGUCCAGCAUAUCGAUGUUAUGAUACAGUUCAGUCUCAACGACUCGUUUCUACAGGACGGCAGGUAGUGCAAAGUUCUGUGGUUCGCAUCCCUCUUGAUCAGCAUGGACGAGUCCGCUGCGGCCAACAGCGGCUCGGACGGGGACAGCAUCAGCCUCAGCGUGCUCAACUGGGAGCAAGUGCAGCGGCUGGACAACAUCCUGACCGGCUCCAUCCCCAUCCACGGCCGCUGGAGCUUCCCGACGCUGGAGGUGAAGCCGAGAGACAUCGUCAAGGUGGUCCGGAGCCGCAUGGAGGAGAGGCGGAUACAUGUCCGGGAGGUGCGCCUCAAUGGCUCCGCUGCCAGCUACGUCCUGCAUGAGGACAGCGGGCUGGGCUGGAAAGAUCUGGACUUGAUAUUCUGCGCCGACCUGAAAGGAGAGAUGGAGUUUCAGAUAGUGAAAGAUAUCGUCCUGGACUCUCUUCUAGACUUCUUGCCAGAGGGAGUGAAUAAAGAGAAGAUCACACCAGUGACCUUAAAGGAGGCCUAUGUGCAAAAGAUGGUGAAGGUGUGUAAUGACUCAGACCGCUGGAGUCUCAUCUCCCUCUCCAACAACCGUGGUAAGAACGUGGAGCUAAAGUUCGUGGACUCCCUUCGACGGCAGUUUGAGUUCAGCGUGGACUCCUUCCAGAUCCGGCUGGACUCGCUCCUCCUCUUCUACGAGUGCUCAGAGCACCCGAUGGCUGCCACCUUCCACCCCACAAUCCUUGGGGAGAGCGUCUACGGCGACUUCCCCACCGCCCUCGAUCACCUGCGUAAGCGCCUCAUCUGCACGCGGAGUCCCGAAGAGAUCCGGGGAGGGGGCUUACUGAAGUACUGUCACCUCCUGGUGCGGGGUUUCCGUGCAGCCGCAGAAGGCGAGAUGAAACUGCUGCAGCGCUACAUGUGCUCGCGCUUCUUCAUAGACUUUCCCGACGUGAGCGAGCAGAGGAGGAAGCUGGAGUCCUACCUGCAGAACCACUUUGUGGACCUGGAGGACAGGAAGUAUGACUACCUGGCCACGCUGUACGACGUGGUGCAGGAGAGCACGGUGUGCCUGAUGGGCCACGAGAGGCGCCAGACGCUCAGCCUCAUCUCGUCCCUGGCGCUGCGGGUCCUGGCCGAGCAGAAUGCCAUUCCCAACGCUGCCAACGUCACCUGCUUCUAUCAGCCUGCCCCUUACGUCUGCGAUGGCAACUUCAGCAACUAUUAUGUAGCACAGAUUCAGCCUGUCUACGCCUGUCCAACCUCGCCUCCUCAUCAUCAGUAUCUUACUCCUUCACAGCAUCCCAUGUACGCCAGCUGGUUGCCCUGUAACUAAACCUUCUGAGCAUCUAUGCUUUAUUGUGUAGCUGGUGGAACACAUGCACAGUCAAAAGGGAUGAUGUUUUUAUCUCUUCUGUAAGAUGGGAAACUGAGGGAAAUGAGAGAGGAAAUGCUGGAGACAAAUUUAAACAGACAUUAGGGCGCAGUUAAAAGAAGAGAAUAAAGGGAAGAAGGCAAGGCAGUGGGCCAGAGACAGGCUUUUCCCUGGAGUACGGUGCAACAGCAUGAAGGAGCUGAGCACACAGGGAGAGAUGCCAAUGACAGAGGCUGGACCAUCAGUUUGAUGGUUCAUUCAUCAGGGCUAAGAUCGAUUUGGUGGAAAAGACCGCAAGUCGAGCUCAGCCUCAGAGUCCUCGACACCCUGGAUAUAACGAUAUUUUCCUCCUGCGAACUCAAAAUAGACAGAAACACAAACCAGACCCUCACAUUUACAGGCGGCAGCCAUGGAGAGGAACAGACACGCACACGAGGCAUUGAAGAUAUUGAACAUGCUGCAAUGAAGAUAUUGAUUCUUGAUCCAACAACAGCAACCCUUUGACCUUUAACAUGUGCUCUGCUCUGUGUGUGGGUGUAUGUGUGAUGGGGGGGAGGAGGGCGGACCAUGCAAAAAGAGGAACGAUACUGUUUACAAAUCCAAAGAUCUACUUCGACACUCAAGUUCUGUUUGAACUGAAAAAACAACAACAACAACAAAACAAUGCAUGCUUUAUUCCUGUACAGGGAUAAGUUUCUUUUUAAGUGCCUCGACAAAGCCUAAAGGGAAGAGACAUUU